UAUGGAUGAAAAUAUGCCGCCUUCAAAGGACCUAACGUUCUUGCAAUGGCUCGUCCAGUAUAUUGGAAGUGCUAAAUUGAAAAGAAUAGGUAUCUUCCUUGUAAUCUUCCUACUAUCGCUUCCGGUUAUAACACAUUAUUAUGUGGGGAAGUUAGGAGAUUACGAUGUUAGUCGAUCUAAGAGUUCGUCAUUGCUGGAUGGUGAUGUUAAACUGAAACUAAAUAAUGAGAACGAAGAAAAUUUGGCAGAAGCAAACGAACUAAAAGAAAGAAUAAAGGAACUGAAAAAGAUAAAAGCGUCCGUAAGCAAUGAACUUAAGGAAUUAGAACAGAAGCGUCACAGACUUCAUUCGGAUAUAUCAGGCUUUAAUAGCCAUAUAGACAAGCUAAAAGAUGAUUAUAGAGAGAAAAUGCAAAAAUUGGAUGUAUUACGGCAAAGAAUUGACAAUACAAGGGCGGAAAGGGAGGAAAUUGUAAGAAGAAAUUUACCAGAGAUUAAACCCCCACUAGAAUCGAUUUUGAAUAGUUUUUCCAAUACUGUAAACAAUGACAUGGAAGAUUUAAAAAUGAAAUUUAUUAGGAAAUGUAAAAUGUACAAUUGUUUCGAUUAUUCCAAAUGUUCUAUUUUCUCAAAAUUUCCAGUUUAUUUUUAUCCGACAAAGGAUAUAGGGGAUUUACAUCCGUUUAUCGAAAAAUCCUUCAAGCAAGUGAUUAAAGAUAACAGUUAUAUUACAAACAACGGAGAUACGGCCUGUAUUUACUUUGUUCUUAUACCAGACAUGGAUGGUUCAACGUUGAACAACAGGUUAAAAAAACUUAAGUAUUGGAACAAGAACGGGGCCAACCAUGUUCUGUUGUACCUUGCCAGGCAUCAUAACUCACCUAAUAUUUUUAAUAAUAUAAACACCGGUAGAGCUAUUUUAGCUCAGGCAAGCUAUUAUGAAGACUUUCGAGAAAACUUUGACGUUAUCCUUCCGCCUACAUCUAAUAAAAUUUUAUCCAACUCAUGGGAGAUAUUACCAUAUAUCUCACCGGCCAGGCGGAAGUAUUUGAUGACCUUCGAAGGGAAUAUGGAUGCCAAAGGCUUCAACAUUGACUUUGAGUAUAAAGUUAUUAAAGAAUUGAAAAAUCUGGAAAUUCAAUAUCCAGAACAAAAAUUCCUAUUUAAGUUUUCUUGCUCAAAAUCAUUGGUCAGUAAAGAUGGAUUAGAAUGGAAUCUCUGCAAUACUGAUAAUGAGCGCUUCAACAUAUUAGAAAAUUCCACAUUUUCACUUAUAUUAACAUCUUUAAACGAUUCAUUAGUCUCGACUUCUAUUUUUCAAACUAGACUAUUGGAAUCUGUAAGGGCAGGUGCCGUACCUAUUAUACUAGGUGGUAAUUUUCGAUUUCCGCUCGAGGAAGUGAUCGAUUGGAGAAGAUGCGUAGUUGUACUGCCAAAAGAGAGAGCAAGCGAGCUGCAUUAUAUUAUUAGAUCGAUGACCGAUGAGGAAUUAUUGGAAAAACGACGUUUUGGACGACACGUUUGGCAAAUCUACUUAUCCAGUGUACAAUCAAUUCUUGAUAGUUUAUUUCUCCUUUUAAGGAGGAGAUUAAAUAUACCUUCCAAUCCUGUGAUCGACGAAAAAUCGAAGUCUUUUUUUAACGAGACGUUCAAAAAAUUAACUGAAGAAAGUAUUGAAGAUGAAGAAGUUGUUGAUCCUAUCGAGUUACCUUUUGCAUCUGAUAAAUUUACAAGGAACUUUACACAAAUCACCUAUUUAUCAACACAAGAGGUUGAUUUGGAUCCAUUCCAUCUUUAUCCAUUUACUCCUAGGAGAUUAACGUUACCAGCAGAAGCGACUUUUUUAGGCUCUUCUCUUGGCUUUCGACCAAUUAACGGUGGUCUCGGCGGAGCUGGUAAAGAAUUUGCUCAGGCUCUAGGUGGUGAUUUCGCGAGGGAACAAUUUACAGCCGUUCUCUUAACGUUCGAACGCGACAGUGUUUUAAUGGAUGCCAUUAGGCGUCUAAAAAACGUAGCCCAUUUGAAUAAAGUUGUAGUUGUCUGGAAUUCACUCAAACCACCGCAUAUUCAGUUACGCUGGCCCGAUAUUGGGGUUCCCGUACAUGUUGUAAAAACUGCUAAAAAUAGUUUAAACAAUCGUUUCUUGCCGUACGAUGUAAUAGAAACCGAAGCCAUAUUGUCAAUUGACGACGACGCCCACUUAAGACCCGACGAAAUUAACUUUGCCUUUAGAGUAUGGCGUCAAUCCCGUGAUAGAAUUGUUGGAUUUCCCGGGCGAUUUCAUUCGUGGGAUGCAAAGCACAAUUCAUGGAUGUACAAUUCAAAUUAUUCUUGCGAGCUUUCUAUGGUGCUAACCGGUGCUGCGUUUUUUCAUAAGUAUUACGCCUACUUAUACAGUAGAAUCAUGCCACAGGCUAUUAGAGAUAAAGUGGACGAGUAUAUGAACUGUGAAGAUCUGGCUAUGAAUUUUCUAGUCAGCCAUAUAACUCGAAAACCACCGAUAAAGGUCACUUCUCGAUGGACUUUCCGUUGCCCAGGCUGCCCCAGCGCACUAUCGGAGGAUGAAACGCACUUUCAGGAGAGACAUCUAUGUAUGAACUUUUUAACCCAAAUUUACGGCUACAUGCCUUUAUUAAGGACUCAAUACCGUGUCGAUUCGGUUCUAUUCAAAACACGUAUUCCGCAUGAUAAAGAGAAAUGUUAUAAAUUUGUAUAG